AUGUCCACCGCUCUCAAGUCCGUUAAAGCUUUGCAACCAUUGUUCGACAGAAUCCUCGUCCAAAGAGCCAAGGCCGCCUCCAAGACCGCCAACGGGAUCUACUUGCCUGAAAAGAACUUGCCUAAAUUGUCCCAAGCUACCGUGAUUAGCGCCGGCCCAGGGAUCUCUGGUCCUGAUGGUAAGGUUGUCCCAACUUCCGUCAAGACCGGUGACGAGAUUUUGAUCCCAUCUUUCGGUGGUCAAUCCGUUAAGGUUGGUGAAGAAGAAUUCUUUAUCUUCAGAGACCAUGAAAUCUUGGCCAAGAUCAACAAUGAUGCUUGA